UGAGCCUCCCCAGCUGCCUUCUCAUCCUUCCAGCCUCACACCCGGAGCCAAGAGCCCUGUGUCCAGGUGCCAUGGAUGGGGCCAGUGUGGACCAGGUGGCCCUGGGUGAGGGAGCCGCGGUGUGGCCACUGUGCUGGACCCUGGCAGCGAUGUGUGCCGAGGCAGCCCGGAGCCCGUCCUGCUGAGCCCGCCUCUCCCUGCCCCUCACGGGUGUCUCACAGGCGCUGCCCACAGACCCAGAGCCGGGGCACAGCCUCCCUGGAUGGGGCGGUGGGCCCUCGACCUGGCCCUAGUGUGGAAGGCGGGCCUGACCCUGGGGCUGGUCCUGCUCUACUACUGCUUCUCCAUCGGCAUCACCUUCUACAACAAAUGGCUGACAAAGAGCUUCCACUUCCCUCUCUUCAUGACCAUGCUGCACCUGGCCGUCAUCUUCCUCUUCUCGGCCUUAUCCCGGGCGCUGGUGCAGUGCUCCAGCCACCGUGCCCGUGUGGUGCUCAGCUGGGCCGACUACCUCCGCAAGGUGGCACCCACAGCACUUGCAACAGCCCUUGAUGUGGGUCUGUCCAACUGGAGCUUCCUCUACAUCACCGUCUCACUAUACACAAUGACCAAGUCCUCAGCCGUCCUCUUCAUCCUGAUUUUCUCUCUGAUCUUCAAGCUGGAAGAGCUGCGUGCAGCACUGGUCCUGGUAGUACUCCUCAUUGCGGGGGGCCUCUUCAUGUUCACCUACAAGUCCACUCAGUUCAACCUCGAGGGCUUUGCCUUGGUGCUGGGUGCCUCGUUCAUCGGCGGCAUCCGCUGGACACUCACACAGAUGCUCCUGCAGAAGGCUGAGCUAGGCCUCCACAACCCCAUCGACACCAUGUUCCACCUGCAGCCGCUCAUGUUCCUCGGCCUCUUUCCGCUCUUUGCUGUAUUUGAAGGCCUCCACCUGUCCACGUCAGAGAAAAUCUUCCGCGCCCAGGACACAGCACUACUGCUGUGGGUGCUGGGCAGCCUCUUCCUAGGUGGGAUCCUAGCCUUCGGCCUGGGCUUCUCUGAGUUUCUCCUGGUCUCCCGGACCUCCAGCCUCACGCUCUCCAUUGCCGGCAUUUUCAAGGAAGUCUGCACCCUGCUGCUGGCAGCCCACCUGCUGGGCGAUCAGAUCAGCCUGCUCAACUGGCUGGGCUUUGCCCUCUGUCUCUCAGGCAUCUCCCUGCACGUGGCACUCAAAGCCCUGCACUCCAGAGGUGAUGAGGCCCCCAAACCACCAAAGGGCCUGGGCUCCAGCCCUGACCUGGAGCUGCUGCUUCGGAGUGAGACACAGGAGGACGAUGAUGGCGCGGACGAGGAGAAGGAAUGAUGUUCUGCAACUCUGGGCCAGCAGCUCAGGAACUAGGAAGUCUCUACAACAGCAGGGGAGUGGGAAGCAGGGGCAGGGGUCUGAGGGGUUGACUCCCCCCACAACCCACCCCCCGGGCUUGUUCAUCUUGAGUGUCACAGGGCCUGGCUGGGCCGGGUGAGUUGUGCAGAGGCCUGUGCAGGAUAAAAGCAACAUCCAUGCUGCCGCCAGCUCCUGUGACAGCAACGGGAGCAGCUGGGCUCUGAGGACCAGUCUGAACUGCAGAGCAGUUGGGAAGGGGAGGCAAGAGGCUGAGGCCUUGCAGCUGGGGCGUUUUUUCUCGGAAAGCAAAUCUAUUUAUAGUUGAAAAUAAAGGUUUUCUGGUCCA